UCCGGAGCUAUGGCUGCUGCCGAUCCAGCAGUUGUGUUUGAAGACACAGCCUCUUGCCCUAUCUGCUUGGAUUAUUUUAACGAGCCGGUGACGCUGGACUGCGGGCACAAUUUCUGCCGUGCCUGCAUCUGCCGGUGGUGGGAGGGAGCCACCUCAGCUGUCUCCUGCCCCUUUUGCCUGGAGGUUUUUCCCCAGGGGAACUUCCGAGCCAACAGGCAGCUGGAAGCUCUUGUAAACCUAAUCGUCAAACGGCUGAAGGGCGAGAAUGAACAGGCCAAGCCAGGAGGGGAGAGGGUGUGUGAGAAACACCAGGAGCCUCUGAAACUCUACUGCGAGGAGGAUCAAACCCCCAUCUGCAUUGUGUGUGACAGAGCCAGAGAUCACAGAGCUCACUCGGUGGUCCCCAUAGACGAGGCUGCCCAGGAAUACAAGGAGCAAAUCUGGAGGCAACUGGAUGAUUUGGAGAAGGGGAGAGAAGAGAUUCUGACUCAUAUAGCAUGUGAGGAAGAGCAAAGCCGGGAACUCCUGAGACACGUGGAAAUUGAAAAGGAGAAGGUCGAAGAUCGGUUUGAGCGACUGCACAGGUUUCUACGAGAACAAGAGCGCCUCCUGCUGGCCUGGCUGGACAAGCUGGGGCAAGAGGUCACAGCCAGAAAGGAUGAAACCGUUCUCCGGCUCACCGAGGAGGUUUCCUGUCUCAACACCCUGAUCAGGGAGAUGGAGGAGAAGUGUGAGCAGCCAGCGUGUGAAUUCAUGCAGGAUGUGAGAAGCACUUUGAGCAGAUGUGAGAUGAAGCCGUUCCAGGCUCCGGCCCCUGCCGCUCCUGAACCAAAAUGGAGACUCUGGUUGUUUUCUCAAAGCCUCGCUUUUCUCCAGGAUACCCGGAGGAAGCUGAAAGCGAGUCUGGUGCCUGAACCGAACCCGGGCAGAGUGGAUGUGACUCUGGACCCUGACACGGCAAACCCUUGGCUCGUCGGAUCCGCGGCUGGCCAAGACGUGGAGGUGGGAGAAGAGGCAGUCUGGGGGGUGGGAGUAGCCCAGGAGCCCGUGAAAAGGAAAGGAGUGAACCAGUUUUCACCGGAGCAGAGGAUCUGGGCCAUGCGGAAGUAUUGGGAACAGCACUGGGCGCUCACCUGCCCGGAAACGCCUUUGCACCUGCACGGGAGGCCUAGGAGGAUCCGGGUGUAUCUGGACUACGAAGGGGGGCUGGUGGCGUUUUACGAUGCGGGCAACCAGGCCCCGAUCUUCACUUUCCCCCCCGCCACUUUCGCUGGGGAGACCGUCCGCCCUUUCUUUGAGCUGCUGAGCUCGGCCUCCCAGAUCAGACUGUGCCCCUAA